UUAAAUCAGAUUGUGCUGCUUCUAAACCCAACUCGCCCAAUUAUCAUCCCCUUACUCUCAAACACCAAAAAGCUCUCAUAGGCCUUGUUACGCUCGUUCCUACGGUACAGACAAUAACACCAACUACAAGAGCCAUCGUCAACAAAAUGUCCGUUCGCAUUCACAGGUCGUGAGGGGUAAUCGUCGCUUUCGAGCCUGUGAGAGAAAGGGAGUCAAUUGGGAGAGGACUGUGUAGUUUGGGAAUACUUGGGUAGCGCUGAGAUGGACCUGGAGAUGAUUAGAGAGAUCAAGGGGAACUUACUUUCCAUCCUGAGGAUCGAAGUUGCUGGUAGCCUGGUUUAAGAGCGUCUUGUUGGGCAGGGCCGAUUGGAAGUAACAACCGAUGCCUCCGUAAUAUAUCUUAAGCUUGUCCUUGUUGUUCCCAGCUUUGACCUUAGUGUUAUCGACUACCAAGCGAGACGCAGCAUAUUAGCAUCCCAGACUGUUCAGAGCAGAGUUUGCCUUUUAUCUCAAUACGGUGCUCCCAUGAAGCUUAUCAGGCCCGGCUUCGGCAUGACAGAGACUUGUGCAGGUUGCAUUUAUAACGUCGUCGACUGCCCGCAGUACGGUAUCGAACAUGGUGUCGAUUGUGCUUGGUGAGGCGAACCAAGCAAUCAAUAUGAGAAUCACCCGUCAGGAUGGGAGCAGGCGAGCGUAAACGAGAUGGGAUCACUCGAGGUGUUCGGUCCGUCUGUCUUCAGUGGUUAUACAACAAUGUGAAGGCCACGAAGGCAGCAUUCACACCGGACGGGUGGUUUAAGACUGGAGAUUUAGGAUUACUAGAUUUCAAUCGGAGGUUGAGACUGACACUGACAGGUCGCGAGAAGGAUAGCGUUAUUAUUAAUGGGCUCGAGAGCGCCUAACAGCAUUAUGCCAAAGUAAGCCCUGCAUUAUAGAUCCAGACGACUGCAACAUUUCAGAGCCAACACUUGCCGAUUUUCCAAGCACGAUAUUUGAUUACCUGCAUGGGUAUUUUGAACGAGCCUACUCUCCCAAACAUUCCAGGUGUCCACAACUUCAAAGGCGACGCAUUUCACACGACAAGGUGGCCUAGUGAUGCUGCUGGAAAACUUGACGGAACGAGACUAGGCAUCAUCGGCACGGCUACAGCCAUUUCAAACCAUUCAAGAAAUUUUCAAAACCGUGGGCUCUCUAGCUGUUUUCCAACGCGUCGUCGUCGUAGUCGUCGAGAUGCGGGGCGGCAAUACGCUCAUCAUGCGAAGAAACCACAAUGCGGACCAAACAUUGAACUCCCCAGAUUCAAGGCCGCUCAGUUCUGCUCUGCAGAUGUCGGGCCAUGGUUGUUAGAUAAUAAUUUAUGCAGCUGCGACUUGAGCGGCUUCGCCUUACCUUGCUCGUUGAGGACGUAUGAUGACUUUUGGGUGAUGGUGGAUAAGGGUGAGCUCAGCGCUUGUUUUAAUUGCCCGGGUAUGUAUAUGCUUCUCUAUGGUUUUCUAGGUC